GAUAGUAUUUACUCAGAUAGUAGUUAGUUAUGUUAGAUCCACCGUUCAAAGCGACUCAGAUGCACCCCAAUGUAUGGAAUGUAGUGGAAGAUGAUAGAUUCUCAGAGAAGCCAAUCAUGUACAUAAUAUUUGCGAAGGAGUUCAUUGUCCUCAUCGAUACAGGAGUGAACACUGCGAGUUACCUGGACUACCUAUUAACAACAGACAGAAUCCCAGACAAGCGUCUCAAAUCAAACAGUUUUCUAGUCAUUAAUACACACAACCAUUACGAUCACAUUGGAGGCAAUUAUCAAUUUUCACCGAAAGGUGCCGAGAAACAUGAGAAGUGCAUGGACUUAUGCGCAGGCGGGGCGAACCAGUGUUAUACGUUGAAUUUCCCAGAAACAACUCUGAGCGCCACUGUUGGUGCACAUUCACAUGCAUACACAAUUACGAGGUGGCUGAAUGAUGGCGAUGUUAUUACAUUAGACCCUGAAGACCCGGCAGAAAUUUUGAAAGUUUUGCACUUACCCGGCCAUACGCCAGAUAGCAUUGGUCUUUAUUAUCCAAAGGAUAAUUUAUUUUUUGCUGGUGAUUUUGUGUACCCGCAUUCGUCAAUUCUUCUCAAUUUACCUCACUCAAAUUUCAACCAUUAUGUUGAGUCUCUCUACAUGUUGUUGCAAUUUCUGAAAGCGCAGCUGUUUGAGAAAAUCAGAAUUUGUUGUGGCCAUAUUGAUUACGACCUCCCAGCUUCGGAUCUGGUGGAACUUUGGGCGCUGGUUGAAAAUGUGAUGCAGAAAUCUGCAGAGUGUAAAAACAAAAUGGUGUUUGGAAUGCCAUGUCAUGUUUACUCUUCAGAUAAAUUCGAACUACUUGUAAAUGGCGCUCUUGUGAAGAAUAUAGAAAAGCUGCUGAUUAAAGUGGCGUCCAAAUUCGAAAGAACGAGGCGCAUAUCUUCAAACUCGACCACCUCAAGUGAUUAACCAAUUAAGUGUGUUCACAAAUUCUCAAAUUUUUGCAAUUUCAGGGUCCUUUCGCUGUUGUCUGUGACUGGUUGUGAGUAGUUUUAUAGAUUUCUCUUUCUGUUAGAUGCCAUAUAGAAGAUUUUAGAAAUUAUGAUGCAUGGAUGAAUAAAGUUCAAUGAAUAUUGCAAAGAAAAAGAAUUUAACUCUUAAAUAUAGCAUUAAAUGCAAACUAUCUGAAAUAUAUCAAAUUGUUAAUUAUGAAUAAACUAAGCAAUGUUUUCAA